AUGCUUCCAGAACCAACACUCACACUAACCCUCCCCAGCAUCAGCGACGGGUUGACUCUCGACUGUCGCAUCUAUCAUCCUUUCUCGCUCUCCGCAAGCUCAAAAGCGCCGGCAUGGCUGAAGCACGCCGCUGUCGUGGCUCAUCCGUAUGCCCCCAUGGGAGGGUGCUAUGAUGAUCCCGUGGUGGGAGCUGUGGCUGCGCAGUUGUUGCGGAAGGGGUUUCUGGUAGGGACUUUUAAUUUCCGAGGCGCACACGGCUCUGCGGGACGUACUUCGUGGACUGCGAAACCCGAACGAGAAGAUUAUGCGACUGUCACUGCGUUUGUUCUACAUUAUGUGCACUACCUCGAUCCUUUUCGACCGCACUGGGGUAGUGUUCUACAAACCGAGCCUUCGACGCCGACGAAUCUGGAAACGCCUAUUAGUUUAGAUGCAGCUAUCACCUCAGCGCCUCGAAUACGGCCUGUCCUUUUGAUGGCCGGCUACUCAUACGGCGCCAUGAUAGUUACACAUAUACCUCCCCUCGACGCCAUAUUGCAGCCGUUUAUAUCUCCCAUUGCUGGCUCGGAUGCUGCAGAGGUUCGUCUUCGAGCUGAGCAUCUUGCUGAGCAACAGAACAUCAUUCUAGCGAGCGCUCGCUCUGCGAUGAUGGAAGGAUCGUUGAGAGGGAGGAGUAAGCGAAGUGUCAGAAUUGGUGGUGAUGAGGGGGGUAGUCCACGGCGUAGCCAAUCUAGUGCGAGAAGGAGCUUUUCACUUGAUGACGAGAGAUUUCGACGAGGCGUCCAUGAUUUCAUCGCUAAGGCGAAAGUGGGAAGACAUUCAAGGAACGUGUCGCAAAACAUGCCAACGAGUGUCGUUCAGCCUGAGCCUGGAGAGCAUCUACCCAGAAUGACGGAUCUCACCAUGCCGAGGCCUGCUUAUCUCACGAUCUCGCCACCCCAAGGAAUCUUCACCCACCUAUUGACCCUGUCCCCUUUGCCUUCGGCGCUGGUAAAGAACAAAGAUCCGCACGGUGUGGCAGCAGAAGAGAAGUUGGUUCGAAACCAUUCGCUUGUCGUAUUUGGAGACGAAGAUGGGUUUUCGUCAGUGGGAAAAUUCAGGCAUUGGAUAGCAAGAAUGGAGGGGAAACCAGGAUCGUUGUUUAAAGGGAAGGAGAUUGAGACAGCGGGACAUUUUUGGACUGAGGAGGGUGUUUUGGAUCAGUUGAGGGAGGCGGUUGAGGGAUUUGCUGAUGAGCUGCUUAUGGGGUAG